GUCCGAAGAGAAAUCUAUUUGCAGGUUCAAGGAUGGUAAAGAAAUUGCCGCAACUUCGGAUAAAAAUAAGUUAAAGAAAAUAUCCGACACAGUUUAUCAGUUGGAGAUCCCUAACAUUGGCAAGGAUGCCGGUGCAGCUUAUAAGCUGAAAAUUACCAAAGGUUUGGAAGACCAAAAAGCUGACAAGGGCCAGAAAGUGGUGCUUUCAGUAGAAGUUAACACUCCACCGAAACAAAUCAAAUGGUACAAGAACGGCAAAGAAAUCGCGCCAAUUGAUAAACCAAAACCGAAGAAAAUCGAUGACAACAAAUAUCAGUUGGAGAUACCGGAUGUUGAUAAAGAUGACGUAGCCGAAUAUAAGGCACGUUUUACUUUUAUUGCGUCAAAGGUCCACUUUCUAAUAAGUAAAAAUUUUUGCUCUAAAUUCUGUUACCCAGUGGUACUUGCAACAGAAGAUAACGAAACAGCAGAUUCGGCAUGUUCAUUGACCGUGAAACUGCCAACUUUGACAAUAACAAAGGGUCUAGAGGACCAGGAAGCUGGAAUUGGUGAUAAGGUUGUACUUGGCGUAGAAGUCAGUGCGCCACCGAAAUCUAUAAAAUGGUACAAAAACGGCAAAGAAAUUAAACCAAGCGAUAAAGCUAAGCCAAGGAAAGUUAAUGAUACCAAAUAUGAACUGGAGAUUCCGGAUGCCAGUAAAGAUGAUACAGCUGAUUACAAGGUGGUGCUAACAAGUGAGGAUGAUGAAACCGUAGAUUCAUCUUGUGCUUUGACAGUGAAAUUUCCAACGCUAACAAUUACGAAAGGCUUGGAAGACCAGGAAGCUAAAGUUGGCGAUAAGGUUGUGCUUGGCGUAGAAGUCAGUGCACUACCAAAAUCCAUAAAAUGGUACUAUUUGGCUUUGUUUCUUGAUUUAUCUUCUCCUUUUUCGCUUAAUUUUUUGACUUUCAAAUUCGAUUUUGCUUUUCAAUUUUGUUUCCAGCGAUAG